AUGGCUCGCGCCCCUGCCCCGGCGCUUCUUGCCCAGCUCCGAAACGCAAGGUCAUUUUCAGAGCAACAUUCGCUCCUUCGUCAGUUGAAGACCGAGAUCAUCGGACAUGUCCAGCGCCAGCAGAGAUGGGUUGUUCUUGGCAUCCUCGAACCAGUCGUCCAGAUCCUGCGCAGCAGUAGAUCCCAGGCCAAGCCGAAUGGCAAGGACACAAAGACUUACUCUACAGCCUUGAAGCCGCUUUCUGAGGAGGAUUCGGUGCGAUUACAGACAAUCCAGAUCCUCGCUGGCUUCGCACAUGGUGGUCCAACAUUUCUUGCGCCGCUACAUGCUGCCGGCUCACUUCCGGCCCUCCUCGAAAACUUGUGUCCGACAGACAACCAUCCUCGCAUUGUCCUUGCCACUCUCAAAGCCCUUCGAGCCUAUGCCGAUGCUGCCACCUUGGCCUCCGCUGUUUGUCCGAUACAACGAGUGACCUUGGCCGACGAGAUAUUCACCGAACCGCAUCUCGAAUCAAUACGCAGUAUUCUUGUAUCUCCCGGCACGUUUCCCAUCAUCUCAGUCAGCCUGGUGAACACGGCCGCAGGUCUUCUUGGGGCGCUGUGCUUGGAAGAACGACACCAGGUCUCAAUCGCAAACUCUGGUAUACUGGAUGCCUUAGCCACGAAGCUUGCCAGUAUCGUUGUCGCCCGUGGCGAGGUUGUUCCAGGUGCUGACGUCGUUGCGCAGAACGAGGGUCUGGGGGAUUCAUUACCGGAGCCCGCUCCAUAUGGGACAAGCUUGGUUGCAAUACUGGAAGCUAUAAAUGCUAUUGUGGCUAAGUCAAGACUACGGGCUUGUAUGCUCCUGUAUUCACCCUCUAUACUCGCUGUUUUUCCUAGCAUGGACUUCAGGCCGCCAUCCGGGGAACUUCGGGCCACGUGGGAUGCGUUGGAGAGUGUGGGACUGGUCCUAUCACGUCCGCCUGCGCUUGGGGCAGUUGAUCACCUGCUUCCCGCAGCACCGUGCAAAGACAAAGGCCCUGCGUCUCAAUUUCCUGCUUAUCCACCAGUAGCUCCUGCAGCUGGGUCCCACUUCGCGAUUAAUAGGACAAGUUCAAACGCCGGAUGGGAACCUCGCCUCUUUCAGCCUAGUCGUACGGUUGGCGAUAGCGGAGAGGAUGCUGAAGUUCCUCUGAUACCUUGGCUCAUUGCUCUGGUCAGGUCCACAACGGGCAUGGAGAGCUUGCUGGCAGUAUCCGUGCUCACGUCUCUGUAUAAGGCCGGCUUUGCGCACAAGUCCAGAGAGGCAGCUUUGGCAGCACUAGUUGUUCCACUUUUGAUGAAGAUACUCAACGAGAGCGGUGAACACCCUACAACGCCAACUCCUUCGGCCUGGGUGGAUCGCGAAACUGCUGCGCGAUGGACUAUGCAGGAGCGCGCCCUUCUUGUACUGGCCCGUUUGAUUACCGACAGCGAAGUUCUCCAGAAGGCUGCCUUUGAUGGUCAGGCCGUCAAGGCCACAUGUGCGCUGCUGAAGGAGGCUUACGAAUACCUGCCAUCCACGAAGAAUAACCUCAAGUUGUGGAGCCCUACACCCAGAGAGGAUCAAGCCGAGGGCUUUGUGGACGCCAUAUCAGUCACAGAGUCGCAUGCUCAGCUUCCAUUACAUAGGCAUCGGGUACAACUGAGAGAAAAUGCGCUCAAGGCAUUGGCAGCACUGCCCUCCAAGAACGAAUAUCGAAAAGCGAUUUGCGACCAGGACGGAUUUGCCUUCAUAAUCGAGUCUCUCAGCGAGCACCCUACCAAGGUCGCAGGGUCCCGGCCAACGCCCUCUGUGCGCGAACAGCUUGCAAGAACCAAUAACAAAGUCUCAGACGAUGGCAAGGACACCUCUGAGACUGACGCGCAAAACAAAAACCCAACCGAAGUACUCAUCGCUGCUUGCCAUACCAUUCGGAUGCUGGCACGAUCCGUCGCCAUCAUUCGAACCACGCUCCAAGAUUCGGGAGUCACAGAUCCCUUGUUCAAACUCUUGCGCCAUCCAGAUGCGGAAGUUCAGACAGCUGCUACUGCGGCGGUCUGCAAUCUGCUAACCGACUUCAGCCCAAUGCGGGAGAAAUUUCUGGACCUCGGGAUUAUGAAGGUUCUUUGUGACCACGCCCAUUCUGCUACACCCUCACUGAGGCUGAACGCCCUGUGGGCGCUCAAGCACUUGAUUUCUGGGCAGAGACCCGAGAUGAAGAAGACUUGCAUGGAGGUUUUGGAUCCCAACUGGUUGACGCGCAUUAUUGCCGAGGACAUAGAAGAUCAAGCUCUUUUGGACAGGGCACAGGGUGAGUCUAGGCAAAACCGAAACACGCCGGGCGAUACGGCAGCUGCACUGGACGAAGAUGUGGAAAUGGAUCGCCCCGAUGAUGAACAUCAAAGCAGCCAUGGUGACGACACUUGGGGUCCAACUGCACCUCGUUACGACCAAGCCCGACUGAGUCACGAACGUAGCAGGACUGGUAGGCUACGUCGUGCCGAGAGCAAACUGGCCGAACUGCGUGACGUAGAACAGAACCCGGUACGGAAAGCGAGGAAAGAGGACCUUGAGAUUCAAGAACAGGGUCUUCACUUCAUCCGGAACCUACUUGUUACUUCGUCUGCAGGAAAUCACGGUGCGAGCGCAACCGCGGCCGGGCUGGACCAACCUCAGGAUACAGAAGAAAUGGUCGACUAUCUGUUCGAGGUCAUAGGUCAGGAUCGGCUCUUCCACAUACUGUCCACCAAGCUCCGGUCACGGGUCGUGAACCCGUUUAAUCGGAGGGCUUCUGGCCACAAUGGCGACACCUCAGCAGCUCGCGUCGUCUAUCCUCACGUGAAGGUGGUCGAGGCAGUAAUCAACAUUCUGGUUCAUAUCGCAGCAAGCGUGCCCCGACACAGGCAGAUUGUGAUAUCACAGGCCGAUUUGCUACGGCUGCUGGCACCACACUUUUCCAGUAACGACAAGGAAGUUCGAGUGGCGAUAUGCCAACUUCUUAGCAACCUUACGUGGCGAGAUGAUACAGCAGAUGCGACCAAGUCGCAAGAGCGAGCCGACCAGCUUGCUCACUUGGGGUUGGUCGACAGGCUCAAGAGCCUUCAACAACACGACUCGGAGCUUGAUAAGGGUGCCGAACAUGGGCACGGGUCAGCUGGCCAUAGCUGGGCUUUGAGGGGCAAUCCGGUUGACUUUAGUCUCGGUAGAGACGGCACGGGGGACGCUGUGGGUGCUCAAAAUGCAUCAUUACCGCCACCUCAUUACAUAUCACCACCAUUUUACAAUCCUUCCAUCGACAUUGUUGACGAUACGAACAUCUCUCUAGCGAGCACGCCUACCGAAGUACCCGACAUUGAUGCCACUACUCCGGUGCUUUCUGCUUCGUCCAUGGUUCCUAGGCGUCCUCUGACUCGAUACUCGAUUUCCCAACUUCUGAGUUUUGCGGCAUUUGACCGACUAUUGGACAGCGCAGUAAAUAGGCUACUGACGGGACUUCGGCAAGACACCUUUGCCAGCCGGUCACCUUUAACAGGCACAAAUACAAACAUAGUCCUUCAGGCCGCUAUUGAAGACAACAUCGUGGGGGCACACCAUCGCGCUGUUUUCCUCGACCAAAUCGGGAUGUUGCCACCGAAUUGGUCCGAGCGCUGGCCGAACCCAAAUGGCUUUACUUCGAUCUCACACCGGGUCGAACGCUCAUUUUCAAGAAGGUGGACUGCCGAUGGCACAGUACUGCGGCUACGAGAGGGUCACCAUGAAGUCGUCUUGUCUGGCCAGGAGAGAGGGCAGAGCAGCGGAGAUGCCCCGCUACACAAUGUCACGAUGCUUGUGUCCGUAGAACGUACAGGGACGAGGAACAUUGUUCAUAUGCUUGGAGGACGCACACUGGAUGUAGAUGUCGACGACAUUGUAUUCUUGGUUACCGUUGGAGUCGGCGCUAUGCUCGGUUGGGGCAGCGACGUAAACUUGCGUCGCUUCAUUGACGCUCACAUCGAAUCGCUGAUUUGGCGACCAAGACAUCUAGAGACUCGUUCUGCAACGGAUAAUGAUGGGCACGAAGAGUGGGUACCGGUCGAUGAGGGAAACGAUGACAGUGACGAGGAGCGGGUGACAACCUCACCAGGCUUCCCCAGUCGGCACUCACGGUCCGCAUCGAUGCCCGUCAACGGGAGCAUAAGCAUUUCGAAUACGAGGUACCGAAGUGGUUCUUGGACCACAGCCGAUCGGCGACGAUGGCGGCGGACUCUAGCCGGCCUUGAUGCGGUGGCAGGAUGGAUGGGCACAAGAGGCGGCCUGCCAUAUGCGCUGACUGCUGUGCGGCGGGUGCUCGACGAAACUAGAUGGUCUCGUCCAGCGACUCGCCCCUAA